AUGGCAUCCAUGAGUUUCGCUUUGACUCGCUUCUCCGGACUCGCUUCUAAAACCAGCUUAUCAGCUGACUUCGAUCCCACCCCUCGCCGGAAUAAUUUUCUACCGCCGACGACUAGAGUUGGUCUUAAGAUCUCUGCCGCCGCCGCCGAGACGGAGCCUGAUCUCAGUGUCACCGUAAAUGGCCUGAAAAUGCCGAAUCCUUUCGUGAUCGGGUCGGGUCCACCCGGUACCAACUACACCGUCAUGAAGAGAGCCUUCGAUGAAGGCUGGGGUGGCGUCAUCGCCAAAACCGUGUCACUAGAUGCAUCAAAAGUUAUCAACGUAACGCCUCGAUACGCUCGGCUACGUGCCGGAUCCAACGGAGCAGCCAAAAAGGAUGUAAUUGGGUGGCAGAACAUAGAGCUCAUCAGUGACAGACCUCUCGAAACCAUGCUCAAAGAGUUUAAGCAACUGAAAAAAGAGUACCCUGAUCGGAUCCUCAUCGCUUCCAUCAUGGAGGAAUACAACCAAACCGCUUGGGAAGAGCUCAUCGACCGUGUUGAGCAAACCGGUGUUGAUGCAUUGGAAAUCAACUUCUCGUGUCCUCAUGGUAUGCCAGAGCGAAGAAUGGGAGCCGCUGUUGGACAAGACUGUAAGCUUCUGGACGAGGUUUGCGGAUGGAUUAACGCUAAAGCGACAGUUCCGGUUUGGGCGAAGAUGACUCCUAACAUUACUGACAUAACAGAGCCAGCUAGGGUUUCUCUAAAAUCAGGAUGUGAAGGAGUCUCAGCCAUCAACACAAUCAUGAGUGUAAUGGGAAUCGAUCUGAAGACGCUGCAUCCUGAGCCAUGCGUUGAAGGUUACUCGACUCCAGGAGGCUACUCUUACAAGGCUGUUAGGCCAAUUGCGCUUGCGAAAGUUAUGAACAUUGCCCAAAUGAUAAAAUCUGAGUUCAGUGAUAAAGAUUACUCGCUCUCGGGUAUUGGAGGUGUUGAAACUGGAUAUGAUGCUGCUGAAUUCAUUCUCCUCGGAUCUAAUACUGUUCAGGUAUGCACCGGUGUGAUGGUGCACGGCUAUGGUCAUGUGAAAACUCUAUGCGCCGAGCUUCAAGAUUUCAUGAAACAGCAUAACUUCUCGACGAUAGAAGACUUCAGAGGGCACUCGCUUCAAUACUUUACAACACACACGGAUUUGGUCAAGAGACAGAAGGAAGCGAUUGAGCAGAGAAAAGCAGAGAGGAAAGGCUUGAAAUCUGAUAAAGAUUGGACCGGAGAUGGGUUCGUAAAGGAGACUGAGAGUAUGGUUUCUAACUAA